GACGCAUGCGCACGGCCGACGGAGGCGCGCGGGCCGCAGCUCCCCCUCGGGCUCGCAGGGCAGACGGUGGAAGCGUUAAAUCCUAACCCCUAAAGAUGAUGGUGUUAGUCGGUGGAGCCCUUGGGAGGCCUCAUGAGUGGGAUGAAUGCUCUCGUAAAAGAGGCUCCAGAGAGAUCCCCAGUCCCCUUCACCUUGUGAGGACACAGCAGGAAGGUGCCAGCUCUGAACCACCAGGAAGAGUGUCCUCGCCAGAUUGUGACCUGCUGGCUCCCUGAUCUCAGACUUCCAGCCUCCAGAACUGUGAGAACCGAUGGGAUCAGAACGCAUGGAGAUGCGAAAGCGGCAGGUGUGCGCCGCCCAAGGGCCCGCAGCCUCCGCCCCAGGCCAGCACGGAGUGGGGAACCGGGGGUCCAACGCUUGCUGCUUCUGCUGGUGCUGCUGUUGUAGCUGUUCUUGUCUCACUGUUAGAAACCAAGAGGAACAGACACUCAGGACUGCUUCCUAUGAGCUCAGAACAGAAGACCUUCCCACCUGUGAAGAAAGCCCGGGUCCCACCCUGGAGGAGGCCAGCGCCUGGGCCCAGUCCUUCGACAAGCUCAUGCUCACGCCCGCGGGAAGGAACGCUUUCCGGGAAUUUCUCCGAACGGAGUUCAGUGAAGAAAACAUGCUCUUCUGGAUGGCGUGUGAGGAACUGAAGAAAGAAGCUAAUAAAACCAUGAUCGAAGAGAAAGCAAGAAUAAUAUAUGAAGACUACGUUUCUAUUCUUUCUCCUAAAGAGAGACGGUGCAGAGACGGUCCAGCCGAGGUUCCUCACGUGGCAGAGAAGGCGUGUGGGUCCCUGUCCUGUUCUCGGCUGUCUGGCUCCCGCGGGCUGCUCUGGUCUGGGAUGCGCUUCGUCCAGGACGAGCAGACAUCGGAGUGCAAGGAGCCAGCAUCUCCUGGGACGUCGUGGACUCCCCACACUUUGAAUUCAUUCUCAUUAAGCCCUGACCAGCUACCACCUUCAUCACCCCUACUUUAUGGAGCAGGUUGUUUGGGGGUAAACCCGCACCCCGCGGCAUGUGGGAUCUUAGUUCCCCGACCAAGGCUCGAACCCACGCCCCCUGCACUGGGAGCUCGGAGUCUUAACCACUGGACCGCCGGGUAGGUCCCUAGGGAGCAAUUCUUCAGGGCACAGUUCACUUUGCCUGAGGUCCCACAGCCAAACAGCGACAGAGCCGGGAGUUAAGCCCAAGCCCGUGGCAUUGACCCUUUCACGGUGCUUCGGGUCACUUCUGCCUGACCCCAGCCUGGAGCUCCAGGUUUUCGUCCUAGUGUUCUUAGGCAGUUCGCCAGCGGUAAGUCAAUGUGCGCUCCCUUUCUUCCUUGUGGCCAGAGUCCCGUCAUUUUAAAGUAGAGUGGCGUUGUGGUUUUCUAAAGCAGUGCGACCCCCACCGGCAUCACCGAGAGAACUCAUGAGGAAUACAAACUGUCAGCCGCCCCCAGAUCCACUGGGUCAGAAGCUCUGGGGGGCCCCCCCGCACUCUUUUGUAACGAGCCUUCCAGGGGCUUCUGACGCCUCUGAAGUUUGGGACCACUGUUGUGUUCAGUUCCUCUUUCAACAGCUUAGGUUUGGGGAUGACCUUGUUGGGUCUGGGAUUUUUAAAGAACCAAACAAGGUAUGGGAGUUGGGGUGUAUGUCCAAAGAGGCCCUUGUCUGACACAGCCCCAUGUGUCC